AGUUAGAGCCUUGACUUUUUUCUCAACGUGUCUGAAAUAAAGAAAACAAGAAAACUGCAAGAAAUUUAGUUAGGGUUUAGCUUAAACCUCAAGAACCAGAACCCUCAACCAUGGAGGAAACCACCGCGCCGGAAGAACAGCUCCCGGAGAAAAACACAUCCUCCUCCUCCUCCUCCUCCGUUGAAGAAAUGGACGUGGACAGCCCCAAAGCAGAGGCCAAAGCGGACGACAAGUCUAAACAGAGUCGUGGUCGCGAGGAAGAUGAUAAGGUCCAGCCAGGCGACGACAAAGCUACUGAUUCGAAGAAGCAGAAGGUAGAUGACAGAAAGGGGAAAGCCAAAGUUGAUGAACAAAGUGAAGAGAAGAAGAAGGAGAAAAAGAAGAAGAAGGAUAUACCAACCGGUCCAGUGAAACUGGGUUACAGGACCUUCGAUUCUUCGGUGGACAUGUUCGAUUACUUCUACAACUUUCUUCAUUUCUGGCCCCUUAAUGUCAACGUCAACAAGUAUGAACAUGAAAUGUUGCUGGAAUUGUCCGGUCCUUCCAAGUGCGCAUGCACCCCACGUGGAUGGGCAGGUGCUUCGUCCUCAUCAGGGAGGAUGGAUCUGAGGAAGAUUUUCGCUUCCGCAAAUGUGUGCAUAGUAUUCUUCCAUUGCCGGAUGAGAUGCUUCCGCAACCUGGAGUGGACACCUACUUACGCAGCAGAAGUAAGUACUCCAAACAGGGAGGGCCUGCCGCUGCCGGAUCAGGAAACUGAUUUCUCAGAGAUCUUCACUCUUCGCUGUGUUGUGCAUACUUCCUCUUAA